UCGCAGCACCUCCAGCCCCCCUCAGCCCACACCUUCCAACCAAGCUCCACCGCCGUCGAAGCACCCAUGGCGCCCAAGGCCGCAGAGAAGAAGCCGGUGGAGAAGACCCCGGCGGGCAAGAAGCCCAAGGCGGAGAAGAAGGUGCCGGCGUCCAAGGAGGGCGGAGGCGAGAAGAAGGGGAAGAAGAAGGCCAAGAAGAGCGUGGAGACGUACAAGAUCUACAUCUUCAAGGUGCUCAAGCAGGUGCACCCGGACAUCGGCAUCUCCUCCAAGGCCAUGUCCAUCAUGAACUCCUUCAUCAACGACAUCUUCGAGAAGCUCGCCAGCGAGUCCGCCAAGCUCGCGCGAUACAACAAGAAGCCCACCAUCACCUCCCGGGAGAUCCAGACCUCCGUCCGCCUCGUCCUCCCCGGCGAGCUCGCCAAGCACGCUGUCUCCGAGGGCACCAAGGCCGUCACCAAGUUCACCUCCUCCUAGGCGUCUUCCUCAUUUCUUGAACUGAAAGCGGCGUUCUGUGUGUAGUUAGUUAGCAGUACGAUGUUACAACCUCUGUAAGAAUUGUGCUGCUUGUUGGUCUGAAGAAAUAGUAAUUUUGCUGUCUGAAUUGUUCAACGUGUGCUUGUAUUAUUCAGUUUCGGUUGGAAGGUUC